UAGCAACAACUGAGCCUGUGUGCUCCACCGCGAUCCGUCCUUCCGACUGCGGUGCCUGGCAACAAGAAAAAGACGUGAUGACGUCCUCUCCAGAUCGCGUAUUAUGGGAUGUGCGGAAUUAAAACAACCCGAAGAGGACGCGGGGGAAGCCUUGAAUAAUAAAAGAGGACAGAAAUAAACGAGGUGUAUGGUGGAUCAUGGAGCUCUCGGCUGUCGGUGAGAGCGUCUUCGCAGCCGAGUCCAUCAUUAAACGGAGGAUCAGACGGGGUCGCUGGGAAUAUCUCGUGAAAUGGAAGGGCUGGUCUCAGAAGUACAGCACUUGGGAGCCGGAGGAAAACAUUCUGGAUGAACGUCUCUUCGCUGCCUUCGAGGAGAGGGAGCGCGAAAGAGAGCUGUUCGGGCCGAAGAAGAGGGGCCCCAAACCUGAGACAUUUCUCUUGAAGGCCAAAGCCAAAGCCAAAGAAAAGACGUAUGAAUUUAGUCGAGAGGCUCCGAGGGGGAUCCAGGUUUCCUAUCCCAUCCCGGAGCCUGUCAUAACACCGAGGGCCCGGGAGGGUUUACGCGCCGUGGUUCCCACAAUCUUCCCACCGAGCUCGGUCAACAGAGGUGAAAGUGUCCACAUCCGACCACCAGAGCCGGAGAGGAGGCCUCGGCCGGCUCCACCAGCUCCUCUGACCGUCCAAGAAGCCGCUCGGUUCCCCAAAAAGAGAGGACGCAAACCGAAGCAGCAUCCACAUUAUGAUCACGAUGACGGAGGCAGCUCGGUGGAGCCGGACACCAAACGGAGCAGGCCGUCGGAGGAGGAGGAGGAGGAGGAGGAGGAGGAGGAGCCGGGGUCACACGGGUUGUCCAACAUGUCCCGACGCCUGCUCCUCCACCGCGGAGAGACGUCAGAUCAGAGCCUCAUCCAGCUCACCAGGAGGUUUCAGGAGGAGACCACCAUCACACCCAAACACAGCAGCGCGCAGAGGCACGCGGGGGUGUCGUCGUACAGCUGUGCGUUUCGACCAGAUGUGGGCGACAGUGAUCGAAGGGAGCACAGGACUAAAUGUUUGUCCAGGGUGUGUGUCCCUCGGCCCGGCUGCUCCACAGAACACCGGAGACACCAGGUGAAGGAGAGCAGCCUGCCCGGCGUCGUCUCCACGGAGCCCGAGGCCAUCCAGGACCAGUCCACCAAACCAGCCUCGACCUGGACCCCCAGUUUAACCAGUCUGGACACUGUGACCGUGACAGAUGUCACCAUGAACUUCUUGACAGUCACCGUCAGAGAAAGCAACACCGAGAAAGGCUUUUUCAGAGGGAAGCGAUAAGUAGGCCCAGCGCUUCAGAUGUAGGUCAGAUGAAGCUAAUAUAUGCGUAAAUAGGCUACAAACUAACACACCUACUGUAUUACUAUAUAUUUUUUUUCUAUGUAACUUUCAAACGUGUACAUACAAAUAUUUAAUACGCUGCUGAGAAAAUUAAAAAAUGAAAGUGAUUGUGAGUUAAUGUUUUUGUGCUCAUUCCUGUCGACUUUGUCUUUUUUUUUUUAGAAACUGUUCAACCAUGUCAUUCACUAUAAAACACACGUUAUCAUUUAAUUUGUUGAAUCAUCCCACAAUAAGAUUGUAUAAGAAUAAAUGCAACCAACUAUU